AUGAGUAGCAGCCAAAAGGUGAUCGAUACUGUGUCUGACGAAUUCGUUAGGAGAAUAGAGGUGAUAGUUCAGUAUAUUUUACUUAUAGAUGAGCUGAUUUUGAGGACUGCUGCAAUCGCCGUACCCCCAACUACCGAAACUGAUGUUAUUCAGGACCGUUGCUGUGGACUAAAUACGGAAGAAGCUAUUUUCACAGAUUCCCAGUUGGACGUACCAGUAAUAGAAAAUAUAAUGAACUGUAGUCCUUCACCAACCACCAUGAGUACCGACAAUGACCCUGAACCAUUUAUUCCAUCUGACAGCUCUUAUACUCCUUCCAAUCAAGCUAGUGAAUCUGAUAGUGAACCAGACGAGGUAACAUAUCAACCCUCUAAAAAGCAACGAAAAAGAAAGCCGACCCUCAACUCUGGAAAAGGUCUGUUGUGAAGACUUUGAGAUUAAGUGGCGAAAAAUAUGUAAAUCGAGCUGGUAAGACAGUACCAGUAAAACUUCCAAAAAUAGUAGACUGUUCUAAAUGUCGCUAUAAUGCAGCAACUUUCUUUCGCAGGAUGAAUGUCAAAUAUUAUGUAAAGAGUAUUAUCAAUUAGCAGACUACACUAGGCAGAAAAUAUAUUUAAGUUCUUAAUGGAGAAUGUACCAGUAAGCAGAAAAAAAUGCACUCCACUGACUAAAAACCGUGCCACUUCUAGAAUAUACAAUUUGAAAAACACAAAGGGUGUUAAGCAUAGAGUAUGCCAAAAAUUCUUUUGUGCUACUUUUGCUAUUUCACAUCGAGUAAUAGAGACAAUAAAUAAAUCUAUGAGCAGCACUGGCUUUUUAUCGGCCAUGAUAAACGGAUAGACUCCAAGCCUCAUAACAUAACUCCCAUUGCAAUUAAGCAGCAAGUAAUGAGCCACAUCGAUUCUUUUCCAAAAAUCGAGUCUCACUAUUGUAGACGAGACUCAAAAAAAGAGUACCUCUCACCAGAACUAAACAUUUCCAUAAUGUAUCGCCUAUAUCAGGAAUAUUGCGAAGAAAAUGAUAUGAGUCCUGUAUCUAGGUUCGUGUA